AUGGAUAUUCAUGUUCUUCAAAGCCAGCCCGCCCAGAAGGUCGCGUUUAAAGACUCUUCCACGGUUCGUGUGGGUAAUAAACUUGUUCGCAAUCAGCCACCCACCCAGCCCUCUGCUAUGCGACCCAAGCGUAAUUCAAACGCUGUAAAAAGUAAUGUACAGACUGCAAGUGAGGCGGGAGUUGUUGUUCCACCCGCCCCACCCACGAGUUGUCAUUUGGUCCACGGCGGGUUCCAGCCGCGCCUUCCGACUUCGCUGCCGCCCCCAGGGCAGCAGCAGCAGCCGUCGCCGCUACCACGCCGACAGCCCGUCCCGUUGAUGCCUCCCGCGCAGCUUCAUACGGGAGCGCCCCGGGUGGUCGCUCCGGCGCCUGCGGUUCCUCUUCAGUCGCCGCCACCUUCGGAGCUGAUGGACGUCGACCCCUCAGCCGGGCCGCCUUCCCAAGCGGUGGCUGUGCAGCCUGUCCUACAGCCGCUUUCCUUGGGCACCCCCAAGGAGUCUGACACCGCAGCGCCUUGUCCGGCGCCCACUCAGCAGCCGUCGACGCAGCGUCAGGAGACGCUGCCUCUCUUCGUGGGUCCCGACGCUCCGUCGCGUCCAGUACCAGAAGCUGCACCCGUGGUCACAGGCGUGCACCCUGCCCUCGGUUUUCAGUCGGUGUUUCCCGAGGCCCCGCGCAGCCAAUGCUGGGAGAACUCUGCCGAGGACCCAAUGGGUGUGCCAGAGGCGUAG